UGAGAAAAUGGCGUUUUGUUGGAGUGUGAGUGAUCGGACGUAACGAAGUGGGGGAACACUUUAGUUUGUCAUUGAUGAGAAACGUACUUUAUGGAUUAUCACUGUUCGAAGUUAAGUGAUAUAAUGGCAGCAAAUAUGUAUAGAGUUGGAGAUUAUGUCUAUUUUGAAACCUCAUCCACUGCACCUUAUCAAAUUCGACGAAUUGAAGAACUUACUAAGACUCCUAAUGGGAAUGUGGAAGCCAAAGUGACCUGUUUUUAUAGAAGGAAAGAUAUCUCUAGUUCUUUGGUCUUGAUGGCUGAUAAGCAUCAAAGUGCCUUAGAUGAUGAACAGGAACAAGAAGUUGAACUUCUGAGUGAAAGUGAACGUUACCAACUUAAAUAUAGAGAACUAUUUCUAUCAAGACAAGUUGAAACUUUGCCAGCCACACACAUCCGUGGAAAGUGUACAGUUACAUUAUUAAAUGAAACAGAAUCUAUGACUUCUUACUUGAACAAAGAGGACUGUUUCUUCUACACUUUAGUAUUUGACCCUCACCAGAAAACACUUCUAGCUGAUAAAGGAGAGAUCAGAGUUGGAUCAAAGUAUCAAGCAGAUAUUACCCCACUACUUUCAGAAGGUGAAGAAGAUAGCAGGCAAUUGAAAGACCUUGAAACUCUUGUUUAUACACCUCAUCAUAACCUAUCAGACAAAAAAAUAGACCAGUUCCUUAUUAUUUGUAGGUCUAUAGGUACGUUUGCCAGGGCUCUGGAUUGUUCAAGUUCUGUGAAGCAGCCAAGCCUUCAUAUGAGUGCAGCAGCAGCAUCUCGUGACAUCACAUUAUUUCAUGCAAUGGACAUUUUACACCAAAAUAACUAUGAUAUUGCACGUGCAAUCUCAAGCCUAGUCACAUCAAAAGGUCCUGUACUCUGUCGGGAUGAGAUGGAAGAGUGGUCAGCCUCUGAGGCUAAUCUUUUUGAAGAAGCUCUUGAAAAAUAUGGAAAGGAUUUCAUUGACAUUAGGCAAGAUUUUCUUCCAUGGAAGAGUUUAAAAAAUAUUAUUGACUACUACUACAUGUGGAAAACCACAGACCGUCAUGUACAACAGAAAAGAGUGAAAGCUGUCGAAGCUGAGAGCAGGCUGAAACAAGUUUACAUUCCUAAUUAUAACAACAAAUCUACCACAUUAAAUGGUCCAACUGGAGAAAAUGUGGUGUCAGGAGGAAGACCGUGUGAGAGCUGCUAUACUCUAAGUUCUCCUCAGUGGUAUGCUUGGGGUCCUCAACAUAUGCACUGUAGACUUUGUCAGGUGUGCUGGGGUUUCUGGAAACGAUACGGAGGCCUGAAGUAUCCCAGUAAACUAGAUGGUGAAUUCCAGAUCUCAGCUCGGAGCUCAGAUAAUGACUCCACUUACUCAUGCAGGGAAUGUAACAAAGUCUUUAAUCGGCAAGAACAGCUGACAGCUCAUAUGGCCACACACAGACCUCACCGUUGUGGGUUCACCAGCUGUGGUAAGGAAUUCAAACUCAAAUCUCACCUAGUGCGACACUGUGCCUCUGUUCAUGAUUCGGCUGUUAGAGUUGGCAGUCCAAGACCUAUGAUAAAAACGCGUGUAGCCUUCUACUUGUGUACUACACCACUGACUCGACUCGCUCGGCGAAUUUGUGCUCAUAUCUUACAACCCCAUCAUGCUGCUAGAAAUCCUUUCAGGACAAUCAAUGUCGUAGCUGUCAAACAGGAAUGUCAAAAUAAAUUACUUGAGGGACUACCAAAAAUACCAAAAGCUAAACCUAGGAAACCAGGAUCGAUUCUUAAUAUUUCUCACCGUUUGGGUGCUCCUAACAUACCAAUACCCGAGUGGCUGAUAGCCUUACCUAAAGAUAAACUUCCUCAACCUGAACGCUUAGCAUUUCUUCCUCCUCCCCGUGGAAAAGAUGGUCAACUUUUAAUACCUUGGCUGCCUCAUAGAGAAGAAAACAAGUGUGUUGGCAUUAACAGCGUCAUGCCAACAAUACUAAGGAAACGUGGAUAUGAACAACAAAAUGGAGUAGAUGGCCCUAUGGCUAAACACAGAGCAGUAGUUGGUUCCUCACCAGAUCUAUACAAAAUGGCUGACUUACCACGUGGGACAAUAAUAACUCGAUUGAAUGGACGAGCAAAGAUGGCUACCAUCAGGUUUGGAGGACGGAAACAAACAAUAAGUUUGGUUGAUGCUCCAGAUGAUGUAUACUUUGUAGCCACAUCUGCUACUAGAAAAGUGAGAAGACAGCUGGGGAUGAGUGAAGUACGUCGCACUGCUAGACGACCAACUAGAAAACUGUAUGUAAAAGCUCUACAGUACGGAGUACCAUGUCAACGGCAGGUCCUUUUACAGGAAUAGCUCUGCAGCUACAACAAUUAUGGUGAAAUUGUGUGACUGACAAAGUAAGCAAGCCCAACGGUGUCUGUCUAUAAUGGGUGGAGUUUGCUGAUGUGGAUAUUUUAAAAAAUAAGGAACAUUCCGUGUGCAUGAGCAACCUUCAGUAUGUUACAGUGCUGGUUGAGGUGUUGUAGUCGUGACUUGACCCAAAGUGAUAAUUGUUUUGACAAAGAGUGAAUAAAAAAUGAGAGAUCCUGCAGUUGCAGAGAAGAAAAAGAAACAUGCUGUUAUUAUUCAAAUUUUACAUCCCCCAUAUAUAUAUAUACACACAUGUAUCUGUUUAUAUAAAACAGACAACAUACCCUUCACUUUGGGGGUUUUGAAAAUUACUAGCAUAAUCUCUAUCUCAAAAUAAUUCAAGAAAUACCCUUCCUCGCAGUAGCUGCAAGCUGGACUAUAGGGAAAGAGGACAAUGGACUUUAAUAAAAUUUCUGACAUCUUCUCUCAGUCAAGGAAUUUUAACUAUUUCAUCAUCACAAGAAAUUGAUUAUUCUCUACAGAAUAAGUUGGAUUUUUUUUAUGUCAGGUGGGUCCAGUAUUUAUAAAAUUAUAUUAAUAGAUUUUGGACAAUGGUAAGCCUGUUGGUUUGAAAUAUUUGUUCUGUUUUUUAAUCAAAUCACAAUUUUCUUCUGUAAUAUGUAAAUCAUACUUAAGGUAUUAAUUUGUACCUGAUAUGCUUGAAAGCAAUUUUCAUCCCUGUUCUAAAUGGUAAUGUUAAAUUUCAAAACUACAAUGAAGUAUUUGGAGGCAUCCCAUACUAUAAAUUUCUAUGUAAGAGAAGAAUGGGAUUAAAAAAAUAAAAAAAAUAGAGCAUACUGAAAGGAAGGUAACUUUUCCUCUGAAAGUGACUUAAGGUCACAAGAAAUGUUUUCUUCCUUUUGAACUUAUUUCUUGAGAUAUACUUUUAAUAACAAUAUGAAAUUAAUAGCACUGACCAAAACUCUUAAACUGUAAAGAAAUAUAUACACUUCUUUGUGUACUAGUGUGCAUGUAUCAUGGAACAUACAUUUUUUAUAGACUGAAUUAUACAAUGCUUUAUAAUCUUGAUGCGUUAGAUAAUAAGGUUAUCUUUACAGUUUUUAUCCACAAUUAUCCCCCCUCCCCAAAAGUUUUGGCAGGCUUACUCUGAGCACACUUUCUUUCCCAUAUCUGUCUGUACAUAUUGUCUC